AAUAGGUAAAAGCCCCAAUUACCUCAGUUGUUAAUGAUUAACUGGAAGACCAUCAAUGAACUUAGUACCUGAGUGUGGAAUUUGGAAUCUGACCUUUACUACAUCUAGAUAAACACGGUUGCAGAUUCAGAGGCUCUCUUUGCAAACUUCACUCCAAUCUGAAGAGUUCACUUGGUAGCUUUAACAUUUAAUGCUGUAGUCAAGAGCUCAGAUGAGUCAAACAUGAUUCUUCUUACUGUGCUUUUCCUCUGCAUCUUUUCCACAUACUCUGCCUCAGUUAAAGGGCACACUACAGGACCAAGAAUAAAUAAUGACAAGCUAUACAAAUUCAUCUAUUCAACAGAAGUGUUUAUCGACAGGGUUAAACGAUUACCAGAGGAUAGCGCGGGCUACCGGAUUUCAUCCGGUGUGGAUGUCAACCUAGUAUGGAGAAACCCCAACAAUGAUGAUGACCAAUUGAUCAAAAUUAUGAUAACAGAUGUUAAGAUUGAAAAUGUGAAUGAACGUCCAGCAGCAAAAAACAUCUUUAAAGGGAAACACUCAGAAAAUAUAAUUGGAAAGGAAUAUCUGUCAGCUUUACAGAGGCCUGUAGUUCUCCAAUGGACCCGUGGAAAGGUUAAAAACUUCUACUCCUACAAAAAUGAACCAGCAGUUAUUCAAAAUCUCAAGAGAGGUCUGGCUAGUCUAUUUCAGAUACAGCUGCACUCUGGUGCUGCCAAGGAGGUGGAUGUCUCUGGGAAAUGCAAUGUUACUUACCAUGCUCGAGAAAGUCAAGUGACUAAAAUUAAAGCCCUGGGCACCUGUGAAACAGAAAAGACAGGAUUUACUAGCCAUAAUGAGCUUUUAGAUGUCAGAACAAAAGUCACAUCUGCUACAAUUUAUGUCCUAGAAGACAGCUUUAUUAAAUCCGUGAGAGCAGAAGAGAAUCAUGUUUUGUCUUUGAAUUUCCGGCAAACAACAAAUGCCAAAAUAGUUUCCAAGCAGAAACUGGAAUUGAAGUCAACAGAAGCUGGCCCUAGGGUGAUUGCUGGGAAGCAGGUUGCCAGCGUUAUCAAUACUUUGGACUCUAAUUACAUAGCAGUGCCACUAGUGGCAGAGCCAGUGAAGAUUGAAUGCAAAAACUGUCCCUCAAUUUCUGAGCACUGGCAGGCUAUCAGGAAACAAUUGGAACCUGAAAACCUUGCCAAAGCUGAAGCAACAAGAAGUUUUUUGUCCUUCAUUCAGAAUCUCAGGGAAGCUACGAAAGAGGAGAUACUUCAAAUUCUUAGAAGUGAAAGAAAUGAAGUACUUCCUCAGCUGGUGGAUGCUGUAACCUCUGCUCAGACCCCAGCCUCACUGGAGGCCAUGCUGGAGUUCCUGGACUUUAAGAAUGGAAGCAGCUCUGUCCUGCAGGAGCGGUUCCUAUAUGCCUGUGGAUUUGCUUCCCACCCCAAUGAGUUGCUACUGAAAUCUUUAAUUAAUAGACUCCAGGGCCAGAUUGGAAAUAGUGAAAUCAGAGAAACUGUUACCAUCAUCAUUGGCGCACUCGUCAAAAAGCUGUGUGACAAGGGAGGCUGCAAACUGCCAGCUGUUGUGCGAGCUAAGAAGCUGAUCCUAGGAGGAUUAGACAGGGCAAAGAAAGAGGAUGAUGUGAAGAUGUACCUGCUGGCAAUGAAGAACGCCCUUCUGCCUGAAGCAAUUCCGCUGCUGCUAAAAUAUGCGGAAUCAGGAGAAGGGCCCAUCAGUAAUAUUGCUGCCACAGCUCUGCAGAGAUACGGCAACUCUUUCAUUACCAGCGAGGUGAAGGAAACCAUGAACCGGAUUUAUCACCAGAAUCAUAAAAUUUAUGAAAAGACCCUCAGAACCACAGCAGCUGCCAUUAUCUUCAGCAAUAACCCAUCCUACAUGGAAGUGAAAAACAUCUUGCUUUCUAUUGGAGAACUGCCAUUGGAAAUGAACAAGUACAUGCUCUCAUUAGUCCAAGAUAUACUUCAUUUUGAAAUGCCUGCAAGCAAAAUGAUUCGUAAAGUUCUGAAGGACAUGGUUGUGCAUAACUAUGAUCGCUUCUCCAAGACUGGGUCGUCUUCUGCCUAUUCUGGCUACCUGACACGUGGUCCUGAUGCAUCAUCCACGUACAGUCUUGACAUCCUCUACUCAGGCUCUGGGAUUUUAAGAAGUAGUAACAUGAACAUCCUUCUUUUCAAUAAAAAUGCUCAACUUCAUGCCAGCCAGGUUGUGAUUGAAGCUCAAGGUCUAGAAUCCAUAAUAGCUGCAUCUGCUGAUGAAGGCGAGGAAAACCUGGAGUCCUUUGCUGGCAUGUCAGCAAUCUUGUUGGAUGUUCAGCUCAGGCCCGUUACCUUUUUCCAAGGGUAUGGAGAUUUAAUGUCUAAAAUGUUCUCGGCAACUGGAGACCCUAUGAAUGUGGUGAAAGGACUUAUCCUUCUGACAGAUUACUCACAGGUCAUUCAGUUACAGUCUGGGCUGAAGGCCAGUGCAGAGUUCCAGGGUGGUCUGGCUAUUGACAUUUCAGGUGGAAUGGAGUUCAGUCUUUGGUACAGAGAAUCCAAAACCAGUGUUAAGAACCGGGGAGCCAUGGUGGUAGUUGGUAACAUCUUUGUGGAUUCCUUCUUUGUGAAGGCUGGUAUGGAAACCAGUUUUGAAACAGAGGCAACACUAAACUUCAUCUCCACAGUGCAGUUUUCAGAAUAUCCAUUUUUAGUUUGCAUGCAAAUGGACAAAAUUGAAUCUCCAUUCAGGCAAUAUGUGACUAAAUACGAAAGCCUGCCAUCUGGCAAACGGUACACCUCUCGGAAAGGAAAAGUCAAACUGCUGGCAGGUUCUGAAUACCCUCUCCAUCAAGAAAACUCCAACAUGUGCAGGAAGGUUUUCAGCACUCAGUCUGACUCCUCCGACAGCUGGUUUUGAAAUGGGCACCUGUUCUUUCAUUUUACUGAACCCAUGGCCCCCUGAGUGACUUAGGCGUCUAUGUACUGUACUAGCUCAGCGCCUGAUCGUGCACUGUUGAAAUCAAUGGGAAGUUUGUCAUUGACUUGCAACAGGCCCAGGAUCAAACUCUUAUUAUGUGCAUAGUGUUUACAUAUUUACAUAUAUUUAAGACUUUUGUAAAAAGCUAAGAAAAAAACAAAAACAAAACAGUUUGGAGGCAAUCCAUUCACUCCCCCUUGGGAGGUAUGAUUUCCAUUUUUUUUUCCAUUAGCAGAAAGACAUUCAUAUUUUUCUCAAAGUGGGAAUAUAGAAGCCCAUGCUUCUGAUUUUCAGUAAGAACAAUUAUGCUGUAAAAAGAAUGAUUAUUUAUAAAUACAUUUAGAGACAGCCAUUUGUUAAAAAACUAACCAGUUCUCAUUUAAAUACACAGCAGCAUCGUUCUAAGGAGGACCAUUAAUUCUUGGUUGCUCACUGCUGUCUGUUUAAUCAAAAGCAGGGUGUAUUUUUACAAUUUUUUUUUGAGCCUUAGUCUCAUAAGUAUCAUCUAUCCUUUUUUUUUUUAUGGAGUGCUAUGGUUAGACAUGUUUGAUUAAAAAUUUAGGAUGAAAUUUUCAAGAGUGUUCCGCGUUGGCUUAAUUCUUCUCCCACUGACAUAAAUUGAAGAAUGCCUAUUGACUUCAAUGGAAGCAAAGUUAAGCCAAUGCUGAUCGUGUUUGAAGAUUAGACUCUGAAACUUCAUGUAACGAUGAAGCAUCAAAGCAGGCACAUUUCUAGAGAUGAGCACUCACUGUAGCAACAGUAUGAAAUAUGAUUAGUUUUAAAGUCUUGAAAAUGAGUUGUGAAUGCACCAUCUAGCAGGUCCAGUCAGGAGAGAGAAAAUUCUAGUAUUCUCCUCUAUGGGAGAUUACUUAUUUAGACUAAAAGAGGAGCCUAAGUUAUCAUUACUCACACAAGUAGUUCUACUGAAAUCAACAGUACUACUCAGGGCAGUAAGGAUUAUUUGUGAGUGUAAGGUUUUACAGGACCAGGACCAACCUUGGCUGAAAAAAAAUACUGUAUUUGUUAAUCAUUUUGCAGUUAUUACAAUGUAAUAAACAAACAACUAUUUCCCAUCACAGAACACACUACUUUCCCAAGUGAUCCACAUUAUUUAUCAUUCCAUAGGACAGAGUGUCCAGUGUAAGUGCUGGGCUCAAACAGCCUAGGAUAAGUUGCAUUUCAGAAAAUGAAAUCAGGCAGAAAAAGCAUUUGGAUUGUCCCACAUACGCACACCCCCACCCCCAAAAUCCUUAUCCUGAUAUAAAGCACAAAACUGCCAGUCUGUUCAACACAAACAGCUAAUCUGUUUGUUUUAGAACUAUAAACAGGAAUUUAUGGGCUGAUUACUGUAUUUCCCAAAUACACCGUUGAUGCUACAGCACAUUUUUUGCCAGAGCCUAAAAAUAA